UCUCUCUCUCUCUCUCUCUCUCUCUCUCUCUCUCUCUCUCUCUCCUCUGUUUUUGAGAAACAGAGCCUUUCAAGAUCUGUUUUGUUUGACUUUUAAUCUUCUCUCUCUUGCUUGCAUGGUUUAAAAAUCUUUCUCGUCAGAAUUGAAAAUCGAGUUUGAGAUCCCAAGAAAGGAUUUGUAUAAUUUUUUCUUAUUUUCCUUGUAAAUUCAGAGGAUGGGUGGUGAGGCAGAGAUCAAGCAACAAUUACAACCUAAAUCUCUUCCAGCUGAAACAAUUGAGAAGAAGCAACACAACGUGAAAAGGAGGAGAUUAUGGCAGAAAGUGAAGUACCAGUUGGUGGAGUAUCACGCAUUGCCUGCUUAUCUGAGAGACAACGAGUACAUCAUUGGUCAUUACCGAUCCGAAUGGCCUAUCAAACAAAUCCUUCUCAGCAUCUUCACUAUCCACAACGAGACCUUGAAUGUUUGGACGCACUUGAUUGGUUUUUUCCUGUUUCUUGCGCUUACUAUAUACACAGCCACCAAAGUACCAAGCGUUGUGGAUCUUCACUCACUUCAAGACCGUUUACCUGAUAUCUUGAGGAAGACAGAUCUUCACAAACUUCACUCUGACCUCAUGUCUCACCUUCCUUCUAGUCCAUCUAAGUGGCAUGUCAUGGAGCUUCUCUAUAACUGUCUGCCUGAAAGAUUCUCUCAUGGCAACUACACCGACAUGUGUGUUCUUCACUCAGUGAAGGAAGAUCUUGCAAACAUGAUAGCUCCUCUGAUCUUCAGACCAAUCACCAGAUGGCCAUUCUAUGCAUUUCUAGGCGGUGCAAUGUUCUGUCUACUAGCAAGCAGCACGUGCCACCUCCUCUCUUGUCAUUCAGAGCGAGUCUCUUACAUAAUGCUUAGGCUUGACUACGCAGGAAUAGCAGCUCUCAUCGCUACUUCCUUCUACCCUCCGGUCUACUACUCCUUCAUGUGUGAUCCUUUCUUCUGCAACCUCUACUUAGGAUUUAUAACAACCUUAGGAACCGCCACCGUGCUCGUCUCUUUAAUACCGGUUUUCCAAACACCGGAAUUUCGUGUUGUGAGGGCCUCUCUGUUCUUUGGAAUGGGAUUCUCUGGUGCGGCUCCGAUCCUACACAAGCUGAUCAUCUUUUGGGACCAGCCUGAAGCGCUUCACACUACAUGUUAUGAGGUUUUGAUGGGUUUGCUUUACGGGUUAGGAGCUUUGGUUUAUGUGACUAGGAUACCUGAGAGAUGGAUGCCUGGUAAGUUUGAUAUAGCUGGACAUAGUCAUCAGUUGUUUCAUGUUCUGGUGGUGGCCGGUGCCUUCACACACUAUAGAGCUGGGCUUGUGUAUCUCAAGUGGAGAGACAUUAAAGGCUGUUGAAUAGUAAGAUGGAUAUUGAUGAUUUGAAUUUUUUUUGUAGCUUCCCCAAAAAAUUGGAUUCUGUAAAGUCUAUGUGUAAGCAAAUGUUUGUUUAUAUUACGAGUAAUUUGAACAGGUAAUUUGAACUAGAUGUUUCGUCCGCACAUGCGGACAUAAACAUUUUAUAAUUGUUUAUUAAUAUAUGCAUUACUUAUUAAGAGACUAUAAUGAUAAAUUAUUGUUUAUGUU